GCACGAGCUAUCGCAUUUAAGGACUAUGAUAUAGUGCACUUAUGUAAGGGACAAGCGGGGCAUUUGGGUUUUAUCCAAAAAUAACGCCUAGCAGAAGUGGGGAGGCUUUAGCGUUAGCUAGCUCUGCUAAUGCGGCUGCAGUUCCUAGCUUGUAGCAGCGAGAGGCUAGCAUCAGUGGAGAUUGUUUGUUUUGUUUUGUUUGUUUGUUUGUUUUUAUAGUCACUUUGUUUAAAAAAAAUAAAAAACACUCCAAGUAAUGGACUCGGACGAGGGUUAUAACUAUGAGUUCGAUGACGAGGAGGAGGAAUGCAGUGAGGACAGUGCUGAAGAGGAAGCCGACGACGAUGCGCUGGACCUCGGCGAAGUGGAGCUGGUCGAGCCGGUGGUCGCCGGAGGAGAGCAGGACGGAAGCGAGGACACGGGCAGCGGCGGCGGCCUUGGGGCCGGCCGGGACGAGGAGGACUACCGCUACGAGGUGUUAACCGCCGAGCAGAUCCUCCAGCACAUGGUGGAGUGCAUCAGGGAGGUGAACGAGGUUAUUCAGAACCCGGCAACUAUCACCAGAAUCCUGCUCAGUCACUUCAACUGGGAUAAAGAGAAGCUCAUGGAGAGGUACUUUGAUGGGAAUCUGGAUAAGUUAUUCUCGGAGUGCCAUGUCAUUAACCCCAGUAAGAAGGCAAGGACGAGGCCGAUGAGCACACGGUCGUCUAAUCAGGACAUGCACUGCCAGAUCUGCUACCUGAACUAUCCCACUUCGUAUUUCACAGGUCUGGAGUGUGGACACAAAUUCUGCAUGCAGUGCUGGGGGGAUUACCUGACCACCAAAAUUAUAGAAGAGGGGAUGGGUCAGACUAUCUCAUGUCCUGCUCACAACUGUGAUAUUCUGGUUGAUGACAACACUGUAAUGAGGCUGAUCACCGACUCUAAAGUGAAGCUGAAGUACCAACAUCUAAUCACAAAUAGUUUUGUGGAGUGCAAUAGACUUUUAAAAUGGUGUCCGGCUCCUGACUGCCAUCACGUGGUUAAGGUCCAGUAUCCAGAUGCCAAACCUGUGCGCUGCAAAUGCGGGAGACAGUUCUGCUUCAAUUGCGGCGAGAACUGGCACGACCCAGUGAAGUGUAAGUGGUUGAGGAAGUGGAUUAAGAAGUGUGAUGAUGACAGUGAAACAUCUAACUGGAUUGCAGCAAAUACCAAGGAAUGUCCCAAGUGCCAUGUGACCAUUGAAAAGGACGGCGGUUGUAACCACAUGGUUUGCCGUAACCAGAACUGUAAGGCAGAGUUCUGUUGGGUGUGUCUGGGUCCUUGGGAGCCUCAUGGCUCGGCCUGGUACAACUGCAACCGCUACAAUGAAGACGAUGCGAAGGCGGCCCGAGACGCCCAGGAGCGUUCCCGUGCAGCCCUGCAGCGUUACCUUUUCUACUGCAAUCGCUACAUGAAUCACAUGCAGAGUCUGCGCUUCGAGCACAAGCUGUAUGCGCAGGUCAAGCAGAAGAUGGAAGAGAUGCAGCAGCACAACAUGUCGUGGAUCGAGGUGCAGUUCCUGAAGAAGGCCGUGGACGUGCUGUGCCAGUGCCGAUCCACACUCAUGUUCACCUACGUCUUUGCCUUCUACCUCAAGAAGAACAACCAGUCCAUCAUUUUCGAGAACAAUCAGGCCGACCUGGAGAACGCCACAGAGGUGCUGUCCGGCUAUCUGGAGCGAGACAUUUCCCAGGAUUCUUUGCAAGAUAUCAAACAGAAAGUCCAAGAUAAGUAUAGAUACUGCGAGAGUCGACGGCGAGUUCUGCUGCAGCACGUGCACGAGGGCUAUGAGAAGGACUUAUGGGAGUAUUUAGAGGACUGAGGAAGAUUCCUCUAAUCAUAAACUCUCUGCCAGGAGGAACUGUUCCGGUCCCGUUCAGCAAACGCUCUCGGCCCAUCUCCACACAUCCUCGACACGCCGCAUCCUUUUUCAUGCCUGUUCUGUUUGUUUUUAUUGAGGUUCUAAGUUAAUUUUAUUCUAAUAAAAAGGUAGCUUUAUUAAAGACGAAACCCCAAUGUCAGUAUUGCAGUUUAGUUUGCAGCCAGGCUCCGAGCUCUUCCCUCCAGCCGGGGCGUUCGUGGACACGGCCUUGGCAGGAAUUUUUUUUCCUCCUCUUUCUAUAGCUUUUAUUUUUUUUAUCAGUUCGGUUUAAGAUGGGUUUUGUCUCGGAGCAUGGUUUCACACAUGCGUAGUUCAUCAGGUUCACCAGGCCUUUACGCUUUCUUAAAGUUUUUUUCCUUAAGAACAAAAGGCCUGUAGGUGUUGACAAGAGGUCAUGCAUUUCAAUCUGUAAAUAACUUGCAGCGUGCACGGAACAUGGCGUGGGACGCAUUUGCUCUCUUCUCCUUCUUUUUUUUUCCUGUUCCUGUAAGUAUUUAUUCUUUACAGAUAUUCACAAGGUGUGUGUGUGUGUGUGUGUGUGGGAGGGCCACUCUUCAGCUUCAUACAUAUAAGGUUUAUCAUUUUAUUUUGUUAAGACUCGAAAUCUAGAGGAUAGAAACCAUGUUCUAAUGACAGCAGCAGCGAUAAAGUAGCCUUACAUGUAAAGGAAUGGGGCGAUG